CGAUGGCUUCGUCCACCACAACACCGGCCACUCGCUCGCGGACACUACUUUUUCUCUCAUACAGGGACUCCCGCGCCAGUUCCUCUCGUUUCCGUCGUUCACGCACGAUUCCACAAUACGAUGACGCCACGGACGAGGACGAGGAAGACAGACUCAUCCAACCGGACGCGGGGCACAUCUCCAUAGAUGCCGACCUACCACCGCAGUGGGCCGAGAUAGCGAGUGAGGUGGAGACCAUUCUUACUGGAACAAGGGUGAAAAUCACGGCUCUGGACAAGCUGCACGCGAAACACGUCCUUCCAGGGUUCGCAGAUCGCUCUGCGGAAAAGAAGGAAAUAGAAGCUGCAACAACGGACAUUACCAAGGACUUCCGGCGAUGCCAUGCGCUUAUUCAACAAAUUGGGGCCGCCCAAGACCACGCUUUCCCUCCCACUCAGACGCGACACCAGCAUCUCGCAUCUAGAAACGUGCAGCGCGGGCUUGCCGCCAAAGUGCAAGAGCUGAGCGUCACGUUUCGGAAGAAGCAACGCGUCUACAUGGAAAAGCUGCAAGGUCAUGCGAUCAAGAAUCAAGACUUGCUCAUUGCAUCAGGCGCAAUAUCUCUGCGUGGGUCCGAAGGCCUUUCCGCCGUUGACGAAGACAUGGCGGCCGCGUCCGCAUCUCGCAACAGUACCUUAGCACAAGACCUCCUCACGCCUGACAUGGAUCUGCGGCAGCGCGAUAGGGAGCUGACUGAGAUCGCAAAGUCCAUCGCCUCCCUCGCCGAGCUAUUCAAAGAUCUUUCUGCGCUAGUUAUUGACCAGGGCACGCUACUUGAUAGUGUCGAGUACAAUAUCGAGCAGACUGCUGUCCAGAUGUCCGAGGCGGUCAAGGAACUGGAGACAGCUACUCGGUACCAGAAGAACACUGGUCGACGGAAAUGUAUAUUUUUGCUGUUGCUUAUCAUCUUUGGUCUUAUUCUCGUAUUGAUCUUCAAGCCGCGACGGCAUCAUUCAUCUUCUCCCACCCCUGUACGGAUCCUGGCUCUAUGCGACGCAGGCAACCCUUUGGAUGACAGCUUAUAUCCCACCUAUUUAUGAUUUACCCAAUUCGCUACGUGUACGUCCUAUAAUUCUAGAGAUAGUAGAAUGCACAAGGGCACUCCUUUCACUACUUCUGCUUUAGUAAUUUACCGUCAGUAACUUUGCGUGGUUCAAGUGUUUCUGACUUCGCAAACGACAUCGAAGAGAAAGCAAGGGUUCUCCCGUGGACCUGCGGGCACGCGUACUUUCUGAGGCGAGCAUUUCGGAUUGCUGCACUUCUCCUUCAAGCUUCAGGCCUCUCAGGCCUCAGGCUCCAGAGCCGCUUUUCUGACUGAAGGACAUCGAGUGCGCUUCGACUCACCUUAGACAAGUCCUUAAAGUCCCAGGGAAACGGGAAAAAAGCGGCCAGACCACACACUCCCGUAGCAAUCGUCUGAGAGGCGUUCGCCGUUUAUG